AUGGGAAAGUUUAAUUGCACUAAACCACGAGUAACAAAAGACAGAGUACGUCCUAAUCGUGGACGUCCUUUCGGUACAACCAAUGCAACUCUUAUUCGAAAUCAUAGUGCGAACCAGUCUAGAAUGACGGCCUUUUUGACUAACCAAAGUAAUACUACUGCGUCUACAGACAACAUUACCUCUGUGUCAAACACGAAUCCCGAAGAUUUUAUUGAAACAAACGUUAUUCCUGAGAAUACAACGGCUACAGAUAAAGAAAUAAUUCCAUUAUUUUUAUCUUCUAGUAAUAAUAAUACCGGCCGCCAAAACACAACUUCAACCGAGUUAAGCGAAAGCGAUUAUUUGUUGGAAGAACUUGACGAAGAUAUGAUGCAGAAGAUUGAUAGAGAUGCUGGAUUGGUACAAGAGAACAGUGUUAUCGAUAAAUUUUUAAAGAGUAUUCAAGAUAGAAUAAAAGAGGACAAUAAGAAGGACCCACCUCGAUUUCCAAAGCCACCAAAAGAAUACCAAAAUGGAACUUUUUUGGUACAAAGGAAGAAUCCUGUCUUUGCCCUAAAAGAUCAGUUAGAGUUAACACCAAAUGUCUUAUACCAGCCAAGAGUCUUUUUGUGGUUUCCUCACCACCUUGUUUCAAAUUUAAAAUGCCCAAAAUGUAGUACACCUACCACGUUUUUUGUUAAAGAAUGGAAUACAUGUCCUAGAGCAAGAAGAAUUACUGAUUUAGAUGACUCUUUCUACCUGAUGACUGUAAGAUACAGAUGCACCAACGACAAAACACCCCACUCUUUCAACGGAUAUGAUAAGGGUUUAGUGCAACAGUUACCUAGAAUUUAUGCCAAAGAAUUUCCAGCCAUUUUGACCGCAUCUUCUGGAAUAUCUACUAAGCUUGCAAAACUUAUGCGACCUUUAUUUCAAAGCGGUGUUGGGCCACAGCGACUGAGUAAAAUAUUACGAGUUAUGCAUACUGAACAUUUCGAUGAGCUUCAAUUCCAGUAUUACAACAAAAUGGUUGAAAAAUUACAAAAUCCCACCAUGAUUGACUGCCUAAGAAAAAAAAGAGAUGGUGGCAGUGUGUCGUAUGAUGAGUUUUCUUCAUUUGGUGAUAAGCAAAAGUAUGCAGGAUAUAUUCCUUGCGCUAACUAUCUUAGUCAUGUUUAUUCGUCGCUUAUUGAAGAAUUUGUCCCGUUCAUGGACCAGUUGACUUCAAUGACUGAUGGAAUUAUAUUAAAGGGAGAUCACUCUUUUAAAAUAAUUAAGCACAUGGGCAAAACAAACGGUACAUCUGUGUUUUCUUCUCUUUACACUGAACUAUCCGGAAGUUUUGGGUCUAUGAUGGAAAGUUAUCGACGUUAUGGAUUUGAUAUGCCACAGGUGUUUUAUACUGACAACGUAGCUGCAGACAAAAAUACACUCGAGGCUUAUAUUCCUUCUCUUUCAGACAAUGUACGAGCAAUUGUGAUUGACAAAUCUACAGGCGAUGCAAAGUUAUCAAACAAAGAUCAGUUUCCUCCAGCAGUAUUGCCUGAAAGUAUCGCGAUCGAAAUAAGAGAUACAGCGCAAGGGAUAGAUAAAUCAUGUCAGAAAAUUUUAGAUACUAUUGAUGUUGACGAUAACAGCAGCGAGAUUUUUGUUGGAUUUGACUGUGAAUGGGUCGCUCCCAAUUUUAGAACAACCCGUGCCCCAACAAGCCAUGUUGCUUUAGUUCAAAUUUAUCAUGAGGAAUCAAAUACUAUCUUCCUUUUCCGAAUCUUCAGCUUUGAUCGAAAUACAUUUCCUGGAAACCUCAAAGAAAUCAUAGCUUCCAAAAGAAUAAGAAAAAUUGGAAAAAAUACCAAUGGCGAGCUAGAGCUUGGUACUUACUGCUUCAAUCGUAAUGCUAUUAGCAGUAGUAGAAAAUCACUGAGUGACAUAUCUCUCGAGUUAAGUGAUCAGCAAAAACGAUACGCCGCUUUGGAUGCAUAUGUAGCGAUUGCCGUUUACAAUUCUGUAAAAGGAAUGCAACUGGUGAAUGAUGCAUCGAAAACAGUGACAGCGGCAGCUUUUGGCUACAUUGCUGACUCUAAUGAUCCUGAAAGUCAUGAUUUUUCUUUACAGAAUUCUAUUUUUACUCCCCUGGAAAAAACUGAUAUGGCUCUCAUCAAGUUCGUGAAAGUUAAACGUCCUGGAUUAAUUUGGGAUAAAUACAAAGCAGCGAAUAGUGGAUGUGAAGACAGAAGUGUUACUUUGGAGAUGUUCGGAGACGUGCCCUUUCUUGCAUAUGUGGAAUACAAAUGCCUGCGUACCGCCUCUGAAUCUAUAAAUCUCAGGGAUAUACAUUCGGAGACUCUUACCGAGUCAACCAUUCCUGCAAAUAUCUCUUUCUCGUCUAGUAACGCGCCUGUUCGACUUGAUGAACAUAGAAGUACUUCCGAAAAAGCAACGGUUCCUAGUAGAGUAUUAAAGGAUGCUUUUCAUUUGAUCGAACAGAUACCCAUAUCUCUAAGACAUGGUAUGGUAAAGGAUUUCAAACGCAGGUUUAGAGAUUGUCUUUUUGCUGUAAAUGAAGAAGACAAAAAGAAAGUAGAAGAAUAUCUGAUCAGCAUUGGUUCAGAUUGGGCAACUCUUUUGGUUAAAAAUCCAGAUUUCAUAUGGGAGCGGAUUAGAAGAAGUAUACCGCCGCCAAAUAAGCUCGCAAACCUUGUUCAAGAUUGCUUUGAUAAAUAUGCUAAUCUUGUAUGUAUAAAAACGGGAAAUCCUCUAUUUGAUAAAGAGUCUAUAUCAGCAUCAAAAAGAGUGAUGGAUCAGAUUAAGGCUGGAUAUGUGUCUGAUAUUGUUGAUGGCCCGCCUUUGUACACGGAGAAAAGUUUCGAUAAAAAUGGUUUAAUGAGGUAUGCUUGUGGUAGAGGUACUUCAUCUGGGGAAGGAUCCUGUCAUUUCAAUAUUAUCAGAAAAUUUUCGUCUUUUAAUGCCGGGCCAAGACUCACUAAUAUGGCUCUUUAUGAUUACCGUCUGUUUCACAACAUUAAUAUGGGCUCUAAAAACCGCUACGGUAUUAUUCACAAAAGUCAUUAUAGCCCUUGGUUAUCCCAGUCUAUUGAUGCUCUGCGUUCUAAAGUUGGCCAUCCAAUGCGAACUGAUUCCUAUUUUGGAAGUAGUAUGUUAGAAAGCGCCUACUUAUAUGGUCAUACAAAUGAAAAAUUUGGCAUAUCACCAAUUCCUUCUCAUAUCAAAAAUGACCACCUGAUGCUUCCCUAUGACCCCAAUACGUAUUUUCAGUCUGGUCUACCUGAAAAUAACACAAAAAUCAAGUCAGUCAAUAACAAAAAUCCAUCAAAACGCUUUUUAGAAGAAAAAAAAGAGAAUCACUUGAAUAGAUUCGCCAAAACAAGAAUCACUGAACAAAGAAUUUUUGAACUUAGCGCUAUACCUAUAGUGAAACUUCCCAACAUGUACCAUGCAUCCCAUCAGUUUAUUUAUCGAUAUCUGAGCAAAUGUCAAGGAACCAAAUAUGCAGUAACUGCGGUACAUACUCCCCAAGAAAAAUCAUUAUUUGAUCUUAUGUUGGAUGAUUCCAAUGAAAACUCAAAAUACGCAUACCUUAAAUCUGCCAAUGGCAUUGUGAACUUUGGAUUAAUGGCAGCCGCUUGGUCCAAGAUUUGCUCCUCUACCAACUUCAUAUACUACAAAACGCCUGAGCAUCUUUGCUCUUAUAAUAAUAUACUUGAAGAUAGAAGAAAGUACCGUGAUACAGUAGCGCACAACAUAGUAGCAUCAAGAUCAAUUCGUUUAGCUGCUCAAUCUAAACGAAGAUACAAUACAUCUACAGCCGCCAAAAAGUACAGAAGACUUGAACCUACUAUUAACACACUUAACAGAACAAUCACUCCAAGUAGUGAUUGCUUAGAACAAACGACUUCCACAACUAUCAACAUUGCACCUAGGCCACCUACCCUUAUUGAUAUUCCAAACGAAGUUCAUCCAUCUAAUAUUUUUGAAAUGGGAAAUAAUACUACUAUGCAGAUAAUCGAUGUGGAGUCUAACCAUGCCAGUAUAAACUCAAGCAACAAUGUUACAGAAUUAGCCUGUAGCAAUAACCCUAUCAAGAAAAGUAUAAAGCGAGCUCCUCGAAAAUGCCAAUUGUGCCAAAACACUUCUCCCACUUGUAAAGGUAGCUCGAAGUCACUAUACUGUAAAUUUAAAUGUCGUAUCUGUGCAAAUUCUGACUGCCCCGCAAGAUUUAAAAAUACAAAAGAAUGUCUUAGAAAGUAA